CCAUCACAGGAAAACAUCUGUUGAAGACAAUCAUACCCGCAAAUUUGAAUCCCCUCACUCACCACCCACCCCUUCCGGCGGCGUUGCUGUUGUCUCUGCUCCAUCAAAAUCUCGUCGGAAGAAGAAAGAGAGGUCAGAGGGAAGCGGCCAUGUCUCUUAUUCAAACAUCUCUGCAGCAAUGUCCCGCCGCCACCACCGCUUUCUCACAGUUUCUUCCUUCUCCGUCAUCACAUUCGUCUACUAAACUUUCCGUCAGAUUCACCGUCUCAUGUUGCUUAUCCUCGUCGCCGAUGACUAGUGUUAAUGGAAACAUCGACAUGCAAUCCUCAGAUAGGAAUGAGAUUAGAUUAGGUUUGCCGAGUAAAGGUCGAAUGGCCACCGAUACGCUUGAUCUUCUCAAUGAUUGUCAAUUAUCUGUGAGGCAACUUAAUCCUCGGCAAUACGUUGCAGACAUUCCUCAGCUUUCAAAUGUAGAAGUCUGGUUUCAGCGCCCAAAAGACAUCGUACGGAAACUGGUUUCAGGAGAUUUAGAUCUUGGUAUUGUUGGUCUUGACACAGUUAGUGAAUUUGGACAGGGAAAUGAAGAUCUAAUCCUUGUUCAUGAUGAACUUGCAUAUGGAGAUUGUCGUUUAUCUCUUGCAAUUCCAAAGUAUGGGAUUUUUGAGAAAAUUAAUUCAGUGAAGGAACUAGCACAGAUGACUCAAUGGACUGCUGAAAAGCCUCUAAGAGUUACCACUGGUUUCACAUAUUUGAGUCGUAAGUUUCUGAGAGAGAAUGGGCUUCAGAAUGUUGUUUUUUCAACUGCUGAUGGGGCCCUGGAAGCAGCUCCUGCGAUGGGGAUAGCUGAUGCUAUUGUGGAUCUUGUUAGUAGUGGGAUCACAUUGAAAGAGAACAAUCUCAAAGAAAUUGAAGGCGGAGUUCUUCUAGAAAGUCAGGCUGUUCUUGUUGCUAGUAAGAAAUCACUACUUGGGCGCAAAGGUUUAUUGGACAUCACACAUGAAAUUCUUGAAAGAUUUGAAGCACAUUUAAGGGCACUUGGUCAAUUCACGGUGGUUGCCAACAUGAGGGGAAGCAGUGCAGAGGAAGUAUCCGAGCGAAUUCUGAGCCAACCAUCAUUAUCUGGACUUCAGGGACCUACUGUAAGUCCAGUUUUCCGCAAAAUUGAUGGGGAGGUAAAAGCUGAUUAUUACGCAAUUGUCAUUUGUGUCUCCAAAAAGCAACUCUACAAAUUCGUUCAGCAGCUAAGAGCUAUUGGAGGAAGUGGUGUUCUGGUGUCUCCUUUGACCUACAUUUUUGAUGAAGAAACUCCAAGAUGGCGUCAACUUCUUUCAAAACUUGGUCUUUAAGGUUAAGGUUUAUCACUUUUUGUAAAAGCACUUUGUUGGUAGAUUUCAAUGUCUUGAGUGUGAUACUCUUUUCGAUCCUUGUGUUUGCAGACUUUUUUCUUGUGAUUGAGAUUGUGUUUUUUAUUUG